AUGAGCAGUUAUCCUGACGAGGUCGUCCUGGCAGUGGACGAUGAGCGACGCAGCCUGAGUAGUCAGUUAGAGGAGGCCAGAGAGGUUGGCCAUGGGCAGGCGAUGCGUAUUAGAGACUUGGAGCGGGGUCUCCGAGAUGAGAUGCAGAGGGUGGACGCUUUACGCCGUCAGCUUCAGGACACCCAGCAGCACCUCUUCGCUUUGAAGAGGCAGCUGAAGGAGAGGGUGCAGAACUUGUGCCCCGAAAUGGACUCCGGUGGUCCAAGUAGAGCUGGAGAGCAAGGACGAGGCUCUGAAGGAAAUAAUGGAAAUGGGCCGGAUCAAGUCGCUACAGCCAUCCAGCGGAUGGCCGAUCUACUAGAGCGAAUGACAAAUCAACAGGGCCAGGGGAGCAGUACUAGGAAUCCUGGACAUAAUUUGGGACAUAAUCCGGAGCUGGUGCUGACGGAACAAAAGCGAAUUCGCCGCUUUACCCAAGGCUUAAAUGUGGAAAUCCAGGAAGCACUGGCGGCCGCACAGCUGGACACGUUUAGUCAGGCACUAGAAAAAGUACAGCGGAUUGAGACUGCCAGGGGACAAGUUAAAGCCUUUCAUGACCGGAAAAUGAGGCAACCCAGCUCGAACGAUCCCCCGGUGUCACACCGACCUUGUAGGUGUUGGUAUACGUACAGUUAUCCUGACGAGGUCGUCCUGGCAGUGGACGAUGAGCGACGCAGCCUGAUUAGUCAGCUAGAGGAGGCCAGAGAGGUUGGCCAUGGGCAGGCGAUGCGUAUUAGGGACUUGGAGCGGGGUCUCCGAGAUGAGAUGCAGAGGGCGGACGCUUUACGCCGUCAGCUUCAGGACACUCAUCAGCACCUUUUCGCUGUGAAGAGGCAGCUGAAGGAGAGGGUUCGGAGUAUUUCGAUGGACUGCGAGGUCAUCCUAGAUAUGGCCGCGGAGGCACCGUCUCGAGCCACCGGUCCAGAGGGGAUGGACGAGACUUGUGCCCCGAAAUGGACUCCGGUGGUCAAAGUAGAGCUGGAGAGCAAGGACGAGGCUCUGAAGGAAAUAAUGGAAAUGGACCGGAUCAAGUCGCUACAGCCAUCCAGCGGAUGGCCGAUCUACUAG